CCGCCGUGCAAGUGUUCCCCAACAAGCCACCCCAUAUCGAUCUCUCUCCUCGUCGUCCUGCUCAGUACUCAGCCUAUCCGAGGAGCCGCUGGUUGGCACAUUUGCAAGAAAGCCUCGACCAGUCUUCGCUUUUUUUCUUUGCUUUCUCACCAAGGUCGGCCCGCACCCUCGCGCGUUAUCCGAAAAGCAACUCCAAGAGGUCCUGCUCUCCUCGACGCUCAAUACCCGCUCAUCUUCUCACUCUGUCUUCUAUAUAUCUUGCAUAGAUUCGUUCUCUACCACCGCGUUCGCCAGCUCGAUACAGGCCCUUUGACCUCCUGACCGCGAGCGCGUGCGACGACUCGACGUUUACAAACAAAUGGCAGACUCAACAACGGAGAUCGAUCUUGACUCGGUCAUUGACAGGCUACUCGAGGUCAGAGGAAAUCGACCUGGGAAGCCCGUGCAACUCGCGGAAUACGAAAUUAAAUACCUCUGUACGAAGGCUCGAGAGAUUUUCAUCAACCAACCUAUCCUGCUCGAACUUGAAGCACCUAUAAAGAUAUGCGGCGAUAUCCACGGGCAAUAUUACGAUCUUUUACGGCUCUUCGAAUACGGCGGGUUCCCUCCUGAAGCAAAUUACCUCUUCCUCGGUGACUACGUUGACCGUGGUAAACAAUCGCUCGAAACCAUCUGCCUACUCCUCGCAUACAAGAUCAAGUACCCUGAAAACUUCUUUAUUCUUCGAGGCAACCACGAAUGUGCUAGUAUCAACAGAAUUUACGGGUUCUAUGACGAAUGUAAACGUAGAUACAACAUCAAGCUCUGGAAAACGUUCACAGACUGCUUCAACUGUCUACCAAUUGCCGCAAUAAUCGACGAAAAGAUAUUCACGAUGCACGGUGGAUUAAGUCCGGACCUAAUGUCGAUGGAGCAAAUAAGGCGUGUGAUGCGACCGACGGAUGUUCCUGACACAGGUCUAUUGUGUGACCUUUUAUGGUCAGAUCCCGAUAAAGAUAUUACAGGAUGGUCAGAAAACGACCGUGGUGUUUCGUUCACGUUUGGACCGGACGUUGUAUCACGAUUUUUACAGAAACAUGAUAUGGACUUGAUUUGUCGAGCACAUCAGGUCGUUGAAGACGGGUAUGAGUUUUUCGCAAAACGACAGCUGGUAACGUUGUUUUCAGCACCGAAUUACUGCGGGGAGUUUGAUAAUGCGGGCGCAAUGAUGAGUGUGGACGAGACGUUGCUGUGUUCCUUCCAGAUUCUGAAACCAGCAGAGAAGAAAGCAAAAUACCCGUAUGGACCGAUGAACAUGAGUGGGCGUCCAACGCCGCGUAAGGCUCCGAAGAAGAAGUAACGAGGAGUGUUAACGCGCCGCGCGGGAACGCUGUCCGUUGCUCUCACCACCGUCCACUGUCUUCCAUCCGUCCAUCCGUCGUCCAUCAUCCGUCUUUCUCUCCGUUUCUUUCCCUGGUUCUGGCUCUCUCCUUGAUCUGCCCUACUUCCCACUUGCGGCGUGGCGAAAAAUCUCAGCGGCUUUGGGGCUGGUCGCGCGGAUUAAUUUCAUCAUGUGUCGAUGUAGCUGGUUUUGAGGGCAGGGUCACAAUAAUUACAAUACAUUCAAGAGGCGCCCUUCGCGAGCGUUGGGGGCUGAGUCACGUGCCUUCGGGGUUAAUGCGUAAUUGCGAGGAGCAGGGCGUGUGGGGUAGGAGGGUAUCUGGGAUAAUUGGGGGAUACAGGUAUGGGAUGUGAGAUAUGGAAUACGGGAUACAGUAAUGGACAGUGGACAGUGGUUGACGAGUUAGACGGUGGUGUUUUUACACAUAUUUCUUUUUCACUUCUUUUUUACUUUUUCAAACUCGUUGCGCGGCGCAGGAAGACAGGGCAGGAGGUGUACUCGGAGGAAGGGUGACAGUGACGUUCAUUACGGUUACUCGUUUAUUUGUUGUUUGUUGAACUGGUCGAUAUCAUAUAUUAUUACGGUUGUUCAUUCAUUCUUCUUCUUCUUCCCUUCUCUUCCCAUUCCUUUUCGCUUUUAUCAUUUCUGUUCCUUUCUUUGUCGUUUCGUUUAGUCUAAUUUUAAAUCUGUGUCUCUCAUCCUCUGUCUUCUGUUACAUACCUACCUACCUGUCUACCAAUCUAUAUACUCUUUC